AUGAGGUUGCUUUUGAUUUUAAUCAUAGCCGAGGCGUCGGCUGUGGAUCUUGAGUGGUGGAAAUCGGCUCUGAUCUAUCAGAUUUAUCCAAGGUCUUUUAAGGACAGCAAUGGAGACGGAACGGGUGAUCUAAAUGGUAUAACAGAAAAAUUGCCGUAUCUCCAAGAAACUGGUAUUGACGCAAUAUGGCUGUCGCCGAUUUUCCUUUCCCCAAUGUAUGAUGCUGGUUAUGAUAUCUCCGACUACAGACAGAUUUCACCAGAGUUCGGUACUAUGGAAGACUUUGAGACCCUGCUUGCAAAAGCUAAAGGAUUAGGACUUCGUGUACUCCUAGACCUUGUACCAAAUCAUACGAGCAAUGAGAGCGAGUGGUUCAUAAAGUCUAAAAAGGGAGACCCUGAGUAUUCGGACUAUUAUGUAUGGGCAGAUGGCAUUAAUACCUGCACAGUGGGAGAAACUCAGCCUCCCAGUAAUUGGCUCAGUGAAUUUCGUAAAAGUGCAUGGGAAUACAGCGUCGAGCGUGGACAGUUCUACUUACACCAAUUUGUGAUAGGACAACCUGACCUCAACUACAGAAAUAAAAGGGUUCAGGAAGAAAUGAAGGAUGUCCUAAGGUUUUGGCUGGAUCGAGGUAUAUCGGGUUACCGAAUUGAUGCUGUUAACAGGAUGUACGAAGCUGACCCCAAAAAAUUUUGUGGACGAUAUCCCGAUGAACCAAGAUCUGGAGAUUCGAUUGCCGUAGAAAACGACUAUAAUUAUCUUAAUCACAUAUACACAAAGGAUCAAGACGAGACAUACUCAGUUAUAUACGAUUGGCGUGAAGUUCUCGACGAAUACACGAUAAAAGAAGCCGAACCGAAGAACCGAAGCCUACACAGACCUAGAACAUAUAAUGAGAUAUUACGGGGACGGAAAAAGGAACGGUUCUAUUCCUUUUAA